UGUUAUUAGGAACACUACAUUGGAAACAGUUCAUGCAAUUAUGACAGAGGGCAGUGGAGUCGCGACACUGCAGCAGACGUUGGCGAUUUCGGAGUACCUUUUUUACUCUCUUUCCACCCCAGGGAGAGGCAAUAUCAUAGUUCCCGAAGACAAGAUGUGGUCCUCGAUGAUGGAAACCGUCAAAAAGAAUCCUUUCGGCUCUCCUUUCAUCACAGCUGACUGCCAGGCUCAGCGCGAGGAUGGCCAAGCCCUUGUCAAAGGCCGAUACAUCGCCGCCGCCAACACGGCAGAAGGCGACAGCUGCGAAUUCGGCUCCAACAAAUACUUCAUGCUAUGCGGGCUUGGAGGCAUCUUGUCCUGUGGUCUCACCCAUACUAUGGUUACCCCCCUUGAUCUGGUCAAGUGCCGUAUUCAAGUAGACCCUGCAAAAUACAAGUCCGUCUUCAAUGGAUUCAAGGUUACUGUCAAAGAGGGUGGUGUCAGAGCCUUGGGAACAGGAUGGGCUCCAACUUUCUUUGGAUAUUCCAUGCAAGGAAUGUUCAAGUUCGGUCUCUACGAAGUCUUCAAAGUUUACUAUUCGCAACUAAUUGGGGAUGAACUUUCCUAUGAAUACAGAACAACACUAUACCUCGUUUCAUCUGCAUCUGCAGAAUUCUUCGCUGACAUCGCUCUGGCUCCCAUGGAAGCUGCCAAGGUCAGGAUUCAAACUAUGCCUGGUUACGCAAAAACCCUGCGUGAAGCGCUGCCCAAGAUGCACGCUGACGAAGGUCUCGGAGGUUUCUACAAGGGUUUGGUGCCACUUUGGCUCCGCCAGAUCCCCUACACCAUGAUGAAGUUUGCCUGUUUCGAACGUACCGUCGAAUUAUUGUACAAGCAUGUCGUGCCCAAGCCGCGUGCUGACUGCACCAAGGGCGAACAGCUCGUUGUAACCUUCGCUGCUGGUUAUAUUGCUGGUGUGUUCUGCGCCGUUGUUUCUCACCCCGCUGACUCGGUUGUGUCCAAGUUGAACCAAGAGAAGGGAGCCACAGCCGGUGACGUUGUGAGGAAACUUGGUUUUGCUGGAUUAUGGAAGGGACUGGCACCCAGAAUUGUCAUGAUCGGUACUUUGACGGCUGCCCAAUGGUUUAUCUAUGAUGCGGUCAAGGUAUGGCUGCGCAUGCCACGUCCACCACCACCAGAGAUGCCAGAGUCGCUAAAGAAGAAGUAUGGCAUCGCUUAAGUGUCGAUCGAACAAAGUAAGACAAAGAAGAAGAAAAAAGAAUAAGUGAAAAAUAAGUAAUUAACUAUGCCUAGAAGAUGAAGCUAGACCAAUUCAAUUCAAUUAUUAUAACCAGUCACGGUUUGAUACUGUUAUUGUGUCUGGUGAAUUUUAUCAAUACUCUCAUACCACGUCUCAUUACUGUUAACGUGUUUCCAUCAAUCACUGUAUUCGUGGAUCUUUCAGUAAAAUACCAAAUACCGCAAUAAAGAAACCAGAACGAUACAGGCUA